CUGGCCCAGUCAUGAGGAUGGCCGUGGCCUGCAUCCGAGGAGGGGAGCAUCAGGAGGCUGAUCCAUGGCAGCCUCUUCAGGUGAUGGAAACCCCAAGGAAAGCAGUCCUUUCAUCAACAGCACUGACCUGGAGAAAGGGAAGGAAUAUGACGGGAAGAACAUGGCCCUUUUUGAGGAGGAAAUGGACACCAGCCCCAUGGUGUCCUCCCUGCUCAGCGGCCUGGCCAACUACACCAACCUGCCGCAGGGCAGCCGGGAGCACGAGGAGGCCGAGAACAACGACGGGGCCAAGAAGAAGCCGGUCAAGGCUCCCCGCAUGGGCACCUUCAUGGGCGUCUACCUGCCCUGCCUGCAGAACAUCUUCGGCGUGAUCCUCUUCCUUCGCCUGACGUGGGUCGUGGGCAUCUCCGGCAUCCUGGAGUCCUUCUGCAUGGUCUUCCUCUGCUGCUCCUGCACGAUGCUGACGGCCAUCUCCAUGAGUGCUAUUGCUACCAACGGAGUGGUGCCAGCCGGUGGAUCCUACUACAUGAUCUCACGCUCGCUGGGCCCAGAGUUUGGAGGUGCCGUUGGGCUCUGCUUCUACCUGGGCACCACUUUUGCAGGUGCCAUGUACAUCCUGGGCACCAUCGAGAUCCUGCUGGCCUACAUCUUCCCUCCCAUGGCCAUCUUCAAGGCUGAGGAUGCCAGCGGGGAGGCAGCUGCUUUGCUGAACAACAUGCGGGUCUAUGGAACGUGCGUGCUCACGUGCAUGGCCACCGUGGUCUUCGUGGGAGUCAAAUACGUGAACAAGUUUGCCCUGGUCUUCCUGGGCUGCGUCAUCCUCUCCAUCCUGGCCAUCUAUGCCGGCGUCAUCAAAUCCGCCAUCGACCCACCCUCCUUCCCGAUCUGCCUGCUGGGGAAUCGGACCCUGUCCCGCCAUGGCUUCGACGUGUGUGCCAAGGUGGUCCAAGUGGGCAACGAGACCAUUGGCUCCCAGCUGUGGGAACUCUUCUGCACCUCCCGCUUCCUCAAUGCCACCUGUGAUGAGUAUUUUGAGCAGAACAACGUCACGGAAAUCGAGGGCAUCCCUGGAGCAGCGUCAGGACUCAUCCAAGAAAACCUCUGGAGCUCCUACUUGCCCAAAGGGGUGAUUAUCGAGAAAGCGGGCCUGACCUCCGUGCCCCCCUCGGACGGCCUCUUGGACAUGGACCAGCCGUACGUCUUCAGCGACAUGACCUCGUACUUCACCCUCCUGGUGGGCAUCUACUUCCCCUCCGUCACAGGGAUCAUGGCCGGUUCCAACAGGUCUGGAGAUCUGCGGGAUGCUCAGAAGUCGAUCCCCACGGGCACCAUCCUGGCCAUCGCCACCACCUCAGCCGUCUACAUCAGCUCGGUGAUCCUCUUUGGGGCCUGCAUCGAAGGGGUGGUGCUCCGGGACAAGUUUGGUGAGGCCGUGAACGGGAACCUGGUGGUGGGCACCCUGGCCUGGCCGUCCCCCUGGGUCAUCGUCUUUGGCUCCUUCUUCUCCACCUGCGGGGCCGGGCUGCAAAGUCUGACCGGAGCCCCUCGCCUCCUGCAGGCCAUCUCCCGGGAUGGCAUUGUGCCCUUCCUGCGGGUCUUUGGCCACGGGAAGGCCAACGGGGAGCCCACGUGGGCCCUUCUGCUGACCGCCUGCAUCUGUGAAAUCGGGAUCCUCAUUGCCUCCCUGGACGAGGUGGCCCCCAUCCUCUCCAUGGCAGAGAAGGAGUGGGGAGAUGGGAUACGUGGCCUCUCACUCAGCGCAGCCCGUUACGCGCUCUUACGCCUGGAGGAAGGGCCCCCCCACACAAAGAACUGGAGGCCACAGAUCCUGGUUCUCGUCCGCGUGGAUCAGGACCAGAAUGUGGUCCACCCGCAGCUGCUGUCAUUCACCAAUCAGCUGAAGGCUGGCAAGGGCCUGACCAUCGUGGGCUCGGUGCUGGAAGGAACCUUCCUGGACAACCAGCCGCAGGUCCAGCGGGCCGAGGAGUCCCUCCGCCGGCUGAUGGAGGCCGAGAAGGUCAAGGGCUUCUGCCAAGUGGUGACCUCCGCCAGCGUCCGGGAUGGCCUCUCCCACCUCAUGCAGUCCAGCGGCCUCGGCGGCCUCCAGCACAACACGGUGCUUGUGGGAUGGCCCCGCAACUGGCGCACCAAGGAGGACCACCAGACCUGGAGGAACUUCAUCGAACUGGUGCGCGAGACCACGGCUGGUCACAUGGCGUUGCUGGUGGCGAAGAAUGUGGCCAUGUUCCCCGCCAACACAGAGCGCUUCUCCGAGGGCCACAUUGACGUCUGGUGGAUUGUCCACGAUGGAGGGAUGCUGAUGCUGCUCCCUUUCCUCCUGCGCCAGCACAAGGUUUGGCGCAAAUGCAAGAUGCGGAUCUUCACCGUAGCCCAGAUGGACGACAACAGCAUCCAGAUGAAGAAGGAUCUGACCACUUUCCUGUACCACCUGCGCAUCAAUGCUGAAGUGGAAGUUGUGGAGAUGCAUGAGAGCGACAUCUCCGCCUACACCUAUGAGAAGACGCUGGUCAUGGAGCAGAGGUCCCAGAUCCUCAAGCAGAUGCACCUCACCAAGACAGAGCGGGAGCGGGAGAUCCAGAGCAUUACAGAUGAGUCUCGAGGCUCCAUUCGGCGCAAGAACCCAGCCAACACGCACCUCCGACUCAGCGUCCCAGAUGAGCAGGUGGGCGACAAUGAGGAGAAGCCUGAAGAAGAGGUGCAGCUGAUCCAUGACAAAAACGCCACCUCGAGCAGCCCUCAGUCGCCCGGGGAGGAAACAGAGGCGGAGACCGAAGCGGCCCCCGAGAAGGUCCACCUCACGUGGACCAAGGACAAGGUGGCCGAGAAGAACAAGGCCGCCAAGAGCCCCAUCAGCCCGGAAAGCAUCAAAGAUUUCUUCAGCAUGAAGCCGUCCAACGUACGGCGGAUGCACACGGCGAUCCGACUGAACGAGGCGAUCGUGAAGAAGUCCCAGGAGGCCAAACUCGUGUUGCUCAACAUGCCGGGGCCCCCUCGGAAUCGCAAGGGCGAUGAGAACUAUAUGGAAUUCUUGGAGGUGCUGACGGAGCACCUGGACCGGGUCCUGCUGGUGCGCGGCGGCGGCCGGGAAGUGAUCACCAUUUACUCCUGAACAGCUGGCCGUGGCCCUUGCCUGAAGACCUGCGCCCCCCAAGAGCCCCGCCCGCCC